CGCCCCCUGGUCCGGAGCCACACUUCCGGGAAGAUGUCGCUGGCCGGGCUGUGCCGGCGCGGCUGGGCCUGGGCGCCCGCCCUGCUGCUCGCCCUCCUCGCCCUCUGGUCCUACUACGCCUACGUCGUCGAGCUCUGCCUCGUGACUUUGACUAACUCCUUGGAAAAAGUGGCCUACCUUACUGUGUUCCACGUCAUCUUUGUGCUCUUCGUUUGGGCCUAUUGGAAGUCUACCUUUACUCCUCCGCAGCAGCCAGACAAAAAGUUCCACAUGUCUUACGCCGACAAGGAGCGUUACGAGAAUGAAGAGAGGCCCGAGGGGCAGAGGCAGAUCCUGGCCGAAAUGGCGCGGAAAUUGCCGGUGUCCACACGCACCGGGAGCGGAGCCAUCCGCUUCUGCGACAGAUGCCAGCUUAUCAAACCAGACCGAUGCCACCACUGUUCCAUUUGUGCCAUGUGUGUAUUAAAAAUGGACCACCACUGUCCUUGGGUGAACAACUGCAUUGGAUUUUCUAACUACAAAUUCUUCCUGCUGUUUCUAGCUUAUACGCUGUUGUACUGCAUGUUCAUUGCCGCCACGGUCUUCAAGUAUUUCCUCAAAUACUGGACAGGGGAACUGAGUGGGGGCCGCUCCAAGUUCCACGUCCUUUUCCUUCUCAUCGUAUCGGUCAUGUUCUUCGUCACCCUCACCUUCCUCUUCGGCUACCAUUGCUGGCUCGUCAGUCAAAACCGGUCCACGUUGGAGGCUUUCUCGGCACCAGUGUUUCCCAAUGGCCCCGAUAAGAAUGGAUUCAACCUCGGCGUGGGGAAAAACAUCAGGCAGGUGUUUGGGGAGAAGAAGAGACUCUGGUUCUUCCCCGUCGUGUCCAGUCAAGGCGACGGGCACUUCUUCCCGAUGCGAACCUUGAGCGAAGCGAGGAACCCACUACUAGCAAACGAAGAACAGUGGGAGGAAGAUGACGGAGUGGAUGACAACCAUCACGAUUAUCACCACAGUCCCUCCCUUUCUGUGGAAAUUGAUACGUAGCAGCCCUGCAAGGCCCAAGGCAAGGCGCUCAAUCUGCUUUCUCAGCUUCCUUCUCUCAUCCGCUUCCUCCAUCGAUGGACACUUUGAAAGAAAGGAAGCACAUGGAUUUUCAAGGAGAGGAAGGAAGCCUUCUCCACUCUCUGAAAUGGUUCUUCUGGAUACUUGCGUCGAUCAUUCCAAGGAUCCUUCUAAGAUUUUUAACUUUGACGUGGCAAAUGAGGUCCUUUGUGGGCUUUUCUCUUUUCCACAUUGUGCCCCGAAGGAGCGAAAACUGCCGGCGCAAACCGUUCCCAAAUAAAUGCCUUAAGGGCGGUUGCCUUGAACGGCCUGGUUCCUCAAUAAGGCUCUCCUCCUUGAAGAGGAUUCGCAGCUGGCAAAGUCCAUCUUCGCUGGGAGACUUGGGCGGUGAGUGUGCGCAAGCAAGACGUAACUCCUCCGUCCAUCGGCGCUCGCUUUCGUAAUGAUUAACUCAGACCCUGCAAAGAGCGCACCCUCUUUGGCACAAAGUUGAGGAUUUUAUGAGCCUUGAAGCACAUUCUUUGUGGCAGGUGCCUUCGUUUUAAAGAAACAGCCACCGCCUACCAUUCCUACCAUUUCCAGCACAGUUUGGACACAAGGGACACAGCUGCUAUCUAUAGUGAAGUUUCCCUCCGCAUCAAAAGGAGAAGGCCACCUUCCCUGGCAUGUAUGAAUAAACAUUUGCGGUACGGUUCUGAUACAGUCCAGACUUUUUAAAGGUUCUGUAGAAAGAAAACUGGAUGCUGCUAUAAAUAAUGGUUCUGGGGAUUGGCAAGCCAUGGCUGCCCUGAACUAGAUCCUCAAGUGUGUUGUAGAAGGCUUUCAUGGCUGGAAUCACUGGGUUGCAGUGAGUUUUCUGGGCUGUCUGGUCGUGUUCCAGAAGCAUUCUCUCCUGACGUUUCACCCACCUCUGUGGCAAGCAUCCUCAGAGAUUGCGAGGUCUGUUGGAAACUAGGCAAGUGGGGUUUAUAUAGCUGUGGGAUAAUGUCCAGGGUGGGAGAAAGAACUCUUGCCUGUUGGAGACAAGUGUGAAUGUUGCAGUUGGAUACUUUGAUUAGCAUUGAAUGGUUUUGCAGCUUCAAAGCCUGGCUUCUUCCUGCCUGGGAUAAUCCUUUCUUGAGAGGUAUUAGCUAGCCCUGAUUGUUCCCUGUCUGGAAUUCUCGUCUUCUGAAUGUUGUUCUUUAUUUACUGUCCUGAUUUUUUAGUUUUUUAAUAUGGAUGGCCAGAUUUUCUUUAUUUUUAUGGUUUGCUCCUUCCAGUUGAAAUUGUCCACACGCUUGUGGAUUUCCAUGGCUCCUCUGUGUUGUCUGACAUGGUGAUGUUCGAGUGGUCCAUUAUCUCUGUGUUCUUGAAUAAUAUGCUGUGGCCAGGUUGAUAUUCAAAAACUCUAAAAUCAGGACAGUAAAUAAAGAGCAGCACUCAGAAGACAGGGGAAUUCCAGACAGGAAAGAAUCAGGGCCAGCUAACAUUUCCCAACAAAGGAUUCCUCGAGGCAGGGAGCAGGGAGGCAGGGAGCUUGCUAAUCAAGCUGGCGAAUGGCAACAUUCACAUUUGCCUGGUGCAUGUUAUUUAUUUAUGGGGCUGGUGCAUGUUAUUUAUUUUUUCCUGGCGUGGAAGCUGCUCUUCUUGUUGAUCUCUGCCUUUUCAAACAGCAGGAAAACCCAGACCAGUUGGUUUUUCUCCCACCCUGGACAUUAUUCCACAGAUAUAUAAACUCCACUUGCCUAGUUUCCAACAGACUUUACAACCUCUGCGAAUUCCUGCUAUAAAUGUGGGCGAAACUUCAAGAGAGAAUGCUUCUAGAACAUGGCUAGACAGCCCGGAAAACUUACAGCAACCCAAAUCAUUGAAUGUCUUUGAACAUUUAAUACGCCUUCUGUUGCAUCACACUGGGACCCCCUUUCCCCUUUUGCAAGAAACUCUUUCGUCGACCCCAGACUCUGGUCUAGUGAGAAUUUCCUUUCAGAGAUUUCCUUCUUGCUUUUGAUCAGUCGCAACGCACAAGUUGGGAAGGAAGAGACUCGUUUCUGGAAUUAGAUUAAAACUUAAGAGACAUUUAACUCUAUAGACUGUUUUCAAACCUUUGAUGGACAAGGUUUCUUUCUUCGCCUCCUUUUGCAGAGCCAUCUUGAAAACUUGAGAGAGGUGUCGUUUUCAAAGUUCGGGCUAGAUUCCUCUUGUUAUUUCUUCCACGGUUCCCGUUAUUGAACUUGAAACCUACUGGGUUUAAACUCCAUGCAGAUUUUACCCGAAGUGGGGAAAGCUCAAACCAGAGUGGAUGAAGCAAGAUUAAAUCUCAUUGAGUGCAUUUAAACGCACGGCAGCGUGACUUUUAAGCCUUAGCGAUUUCAGUGGGAAUUCUUGAUGCUUCACUUCGGAUGAAAUGCUGUGUUGUUGCAAGCCGGACUGUGCAUUGUUGCUGCUGCAAUGUAUCUUGAUGCAGGACAGGCGCCGGCAUCGCUUUCCCACUUACUUACGUGUCUUGUUUUUUUCCUCCAAACAUUGGGACAAAUUGCAGCAUCGAAAGUUACUCUUGAUCCUAAAUGGAAUUUCUUUACUUUUCUGCUCUCCGCUCCCUUCGCUGGGGCUGGUGCAUGUUAUUUAUUUUUUUCCUGGCGUGGAAGCUACUCUUCUUGUUGAUCUCAGCCUUGUCAAACAGCAGGAAAACCCAGACCAGUUGGUUUUCUGCCUCUAAACCAUCCAAAUAGUGCGUGUUUUCUUCCUCUGAAUCCCAAACAUAUCAGAAAAUUGCUUUUCUGGGCAACCAAUGUCCAGUGUGGUAACCAAUGCAUCCUUCAUUCCUUGAAAGAGAGAUUUAGCAUGAAGGAGGGACAGAAACAGCCCUGCGACUCUGGCAUCAAACCGGGAAGGCAGAGCCAGUUUCAGCCCCAUUAAUGUCCCAUGAAACGGGAUAUUUCUGAUAGUCGCGAAGCACAUUUAUCGUAGCCUUGCGGUACUUGACAGUUGUUGCUACAACAGGCGGAUUGAUUGUAAAUUAGCUACAAAAGGAAUAUAGAAUAAUUGUCGGGUUGUGUUGAAGGUUUUCAUGGCCGGAAUCACUGGGUUGUUGUUGUUUUUGGGCUGUUUGGCCACGUUCCAGAAGCAUUCUCUUCUGACGAUUCGCCUGCAUCUAGGCAGGCAUCCUCAGAGGUUGUGAGGUCUGUUGGAAACUAGGCAAGUAGGGUUUAUAUAUCUGUGGAAUAAUGUCCAGGGUGUUUGAGGCAAGUGUUAAUGUUCCAACUGGCCACCUUGAUUAGCAUUGAAUGUCCUUUCAGCUUCAAAGCAUGGCUGCUUCCUGCCUGGUUUUGUUGGGAGGUGUUAGCUGGCCCUGAUUAUUUCCUGUCUGGAAUUCCUCUGUUUUUCUGAGUGUUGCUCUUUAUUUACUGUCCUGAUUCUAUUAAAAAAAACUAAUGUGAUCUGCCCUGAGUCCCCUUCGGGGUGAGAAGGGCGGAAUAUAAAUGCUGUAAAUAAAUAAAUAAAUAUAUUAAAUAUUAUAGAAUCAUUUAUUUAUUUAUUUAUUUGCAGCAUUUAUAUUCCGCCCUUCUCACCCCGAAGGGGACUCAAGGCGGAUCACAUUACACAUAUAGGCAAACAUUCAAUGCCUUUUAACAUAGAACAAAGAGAAACAGGCUCCGAGCGGGGCUCGAACUCAUGACCUCCUGGUCAGAGUGAUUCAUUGCAGUUAAUUGCAGCUGGCUUGCUCUCCCGCCUGCGCCACAGCCCAGGCUUGUGGCGGCAUGACAGCAAAUAAAAGAGCAACACUCUGAAAACAGGAAUUCCAGAUAUGAAACAAUCAGGGAUAGCUAACACCUCCCAACAAAGGAUUCCCCCAGGCAGGAAGCAGCCAGGCUUUGAAGCUGCAAGGCCAAGUGACCAAUGGCAACAUUCAAACUUGCCUCAAGCGGACAAGAGUUCUUUCUUUUUCCCACCCUGGACAUCAUUCCAUAGGGAUAUAUAUAUAUAAACCCCACUUGCGUAGUUUCCAACAGACCUCACAACCUCUGAGGAUGCCUGCCGUAGUUGUGGGUGAAUCUUCAGGAGAGAAUGCUUCUGGAACAUGGCCAGAAAGCCUGGAAAACUCACAGCAACCAAGAUUGUAGGGUUGCCUGUUCAGUGCUGGCUGUGUACUGCAAGAUUCAAUGAGCAUCGAGAUGUCAUAAAUGCCUGUGAUCUAUGAAGUAGAUAAUAGGUACAGACUGAAGAGCACAAUUUAGUCCUUGGUUUGCAGACACAGAGCAUCUGAAAUCCAGCCUUAAAUAUCUCAUCCAGAGAUGUUCAAAGGAAGAGGCAUUGCUGGAAAUAAGUCACUUACCCAGUCUUUUUUACCAAACUUCUUGAGGGCCUUGCAAGCAGAUCUUGCAAUCUAUUUUCCCAAUAAUAACAGCUGGGAAGGACUGGGGAUAUCAGGAUAACAAGCACUGCAAUUUCGGCAAUCCCUGAAACCAACCAAAUUUGGGGGUUGGAUUUUUUUUUUUGGCAAUGUGCAUCCUCUCCCUUUGCUCUGCGCCAAUUUACUUCCUUAUCUAGGGAACAGACUACUGAAACCAAUCUACUUGAAAACUGUUGAUUUUAUGAAGGUGUUUGGACAUAUUGACGGGGAGGGAGGGAGAGUUUUGUAAUGAUGGGGAAAUGCUACAUUUCUUUGGGGUGGGCUUCGCAGUGGGUUCAUGCUUGUUAUUAAUAUCUGUGUUUUGUUGAAGGGUUUCAUGGCCAGAAUCACUGAGUUGCUGUGAGUUUUCCAGGCUGUCAAGCCAUGUUCCAGAAGCAUUUUUUCCUGACGUUUCACCCACAUCUAUGCCAGCAUGCUCAAAGGUUGUGAGGUCUGUUGGAAACUAGGUAAGUGGGGUUUAUAUACAGUAGAGUCUCACUUAUCCAAGCCUCGCUUAUCCAAGCUUCUGGAUUAUCCAAGCCAUUUUUGUAGUCAAUGUUUUCAAUAUAUCGUGAUAUUUUGGUGCUAAAUUCGUAAAUACCGUAAUUACAACAUAACAUUACUGUUUAUUGAACUACUUUUUCUAUCCAAUUUGUUGUAUAACAUGAUGUUUUGGUGCUUAAUUUGUAAAAUCAUAACCUAAUUUGAUGUUUAAUAGGCUUUUCCAUAAUCCCUCCUAAUUAUCCAAGAUAUUCGCUUAUCCAAGCUUUUGCCGGCCCGUUUAGCUUGGAUAAGUGAGACUCUACUGUAUCUGGAAUUAUGUCCAGGGUGAGAAAAAGAACUCUUUGUUUGUUUGAAGCAAGUGUGAAUGUUCCAGCUGGCCACCUUGAUUAGCAUUGAAUGGCCUUUCAGCUUCAAAGCCUGGCUGCUUCAUAGAAUCGUAGAGUUGGAAGAGACCUCGCGGGCCAUCCAGUCCAACCUCCUGCAAGAAGCAGGAAAAUCUUCGUACCUGCGGGGAUCCUUUUUUGGGUUAACUGGCCCCGAUUGUUUCCUGUCUGGAAUUCCCGUUUUCUGAGUAUUGCUCUUUAUUUACUGUCCCAAUUCUAGAUUUUUUUUAAAAAAAAAUAAUAAGCCAGAUGCUUUUUUAUGAUUUCCUUCUUUUGUGGACAAUUUCAACAGAAAGGAAGAAACCAUGAAAACGAACAAAAUCUGGCUACCAGUGUUUAAAAAACCCUCUAAAAUCAGGAUAGUAAAUAAAGAACAACACUCAUGAAACACAGGAAUCCAAAGAGGAAACAAUCAGGGUCAGCUAACACCUCCCAACAAAGGAUUCCCCCAGGCUUUGAAGCUGCAAGGCUAUUCAGUGCUAAUCAAGCUGGCCAAUUGCAACAUUCACACUUGCCUUAAACAGUCGAGAGUUCUUUCUCCCACCCUGGCCACUCAACAGAUAUAUAACCCCCACUUGCGUAGUUUCCAACAGACCUCACCACCUCUGAGGAUGCCUGCCAUAGACGUGGGCGAAACGUCAGGAGAGAAUGCUUCUGGAACAUGGCCAGACAGCUUGGAAAACUCACAGCGACCCAAUAUAAAAAAAAAACACAGUGGCUCCCUUUCCCUCAAGUCUCUUUGUAAUUAAGAGAUUGUGAUGGAUGGCUAAAUGCAACAUAGAGCUUAAAAUAUUAUAGACUUGAAAAAAAAUAGAUUUCAAUUUAAGUCGGUUAAUUUAAGGUUUAUAUUUUCCUUUACUGUUAAGAGCCAAGCGUUCUACUUUUGCCUUUUUAAAUAAAGGUAAAGGUAAUGCUUCAAAUGGGUCCUAACACAUUCAAAAGCAUUUCCUGAGAAGUUUAUACGUACUGUUGAAUUGUGUAAGGCCAUGGUUGAUUUUAAAAAAAUAUUUUCUUGAAUCAGCUUUAUGAGACAUGGUUGAAAGUGGUUGUUUACUGCGUGGUCCUUUCUCUGUUUUGAACUGGUGCAAAGUUGGGUCCAUGGACGUUGUAUUUCUAAAGCUUCCAUGCUCUUGAGUUUGUGUUUCUUUUUAUCCGAUCAUUGCCUAAUUAUUUAACUGAUGGUAUGUAUCUGAAAUGUUAAGUUUAGAUGACGGAACACUUAACAUUCCUCAUGAUCCUUCCUUUGGCCUGUUAAUAACAUUUUAAUCAAUGUAGAACGUUUCUAUUAGACCAGGCAUGGGCCAACUUGGGCCUUCCGGGUGUUUUGGACUGCAACUCCCAUCAUUCCUAACAGCCUCAGGCCCCUUCCUUUUCCCCCUCAGCCGCUUAAGUCUAUUCUUCACUCCCUCUGUUCUCAAACCUAAUCUGGCUUCUCAGGAAAACUCCCGUUUUCACAAGGGAACUGAGAAGGCUGAGGGGGAAAAGGAAAGGGCCUGAGGCUGUUAGGAAUGAUGGGAGUUGCAGUCCAAAACACCCAGAAGGCCCAAAUUGGCCCAUGCUUGCAUUAGACCCUCUUGAAUGUCAGAACCAUGUCAUCCUCAGGUUUCUCACUUCAAAAUGUUCCUGCUUUUGUAACAUGGAAAACGCAUGGGAUGUUUUUGCAAUAAAAUGUUUUAUAACAUCA